AUGGCGAAUAAACGACGAAUUCUUGGUGAUAAUAUGAACAUAAAUUAUAGCUCGGCAUUGAUGAGUAGUGCAAUUCAGGACUAUCGUUCGCGAAAUUUGGAUCUUAGCAUGCCAACUCGUUUUGCUACUCAAAAUCUAUUCCGAACUCAUCCUCAUAUUCGCAAACAUGAAGUUCGUGCCGUUGUCGAUACUGGACUAAAGAAGAAAAAGGAAAUGUUGGUUCUACCACCAAUACAACCUCAAAACAUAACUCAACCGGUAGUAAACGAAGAACGUGAAUAUGUUAUUCCAGAUUCUCAGACAUCAGUAGUUACACAUCGACAACGUGAAACAUUAGCGGAAAGGAUUGGAUUGGUUGAAAGCGAGUCGAAGAAGAACAAUCAUUUAAGUGAAGCCGCCUGGAAUGUCAUUAAACAACAAUCCAAUUCUCGUGAAGAUUCCAAAUGUCCAUGUGCGAUUUGUCAAGAAGAUUUUGGAUUAGGUCAACAAGUUCUUCUCUCAUGUUCCCAUGUUUUCCAUCGAGCUUGUUUGCAAACGUUCGAAAAGUUUGUUUCAAACAACGCUAAUGGAUCAGACCUUCGUACCUGUCCACUAUGUCGCCGUUCGCAAUAUGAAAAACGUAUCAUCUACGAAGGCGCGAAAAUUCAUCGCGCUAAAUGUGCUGCUCGCAUUCAAGCCGCAUGGCGCGGCUAUAUCGUUCGACAAUGGUAUAAGAGCUUUCGAUUAGACAUGUCACAUAUACCUGACGAUACGAAAUUGCGUCGAAAGUUUUACCAAGACAAGUUAUCUCAGAUUACCGAUCGUAUCAUUGCAUCGUGCGACUUCGAUCUCAAUGAUUUGUUCAAUGAAAUCGAUCGAAAUGUCGAGAAAGCGCGUGCUAUACGACAAGCAUUCGAUGCGCGAAUACGAACGAUUGAUGAAGAUGAGUGGCGAGAUAUCAAAGAACGUGCCAAACAACGAAACGAAUUCGAAUGUUCGAUAUGUAAAUGUGCCUUACAACCGGUGAUUAUCGAACCACACACGAAAAAGCCCGUCAAAACAACGAAAAAUAAAUUAGAGAAACUACUUCCGCAAACAGUCAAACCUAUCGAACAAAAGCCCAAACAACAACAACAACCGAAAAGACCAUUGAUAUUGUUGAGUUGUACACACGUCUUCCACGCUACAUGUUUACAAAUGUUUGAAGAAUAUUGUUGUGAACCAACCCCGAAUUGUCCUGUUUGUCGAACAGUAUAUCAGAAAAAUACAUUUGCGUUUUAA